UCCCGUCAAGAAAGCAUCUCUUCUAUCUCUUCCAUCUUAAUAACCCAAAUAAUAACCACCAAGAUGUUCAAGAUCGCCAUCUGUUUGUUGGCCCUGGCCAGUGGAUCCCUGGCCGCCAGUAUUGGCCAGGUGGAUAGCACCACCGAGAAGCGGGAGAUCGUUCCCGUGCUGAAAUUCGAGACGGAGAAGCAGCCCGAUGGCUCCUUCCACUUCAGCUACGAGGGCGGCGAUCAGUCCAUCCGCUCGGAGAAGGGCGUUGUCGUGGAUGCCGGCACCGAGGACGAGGCCUUGGAGGUCUCCGGAAUGUACAGCUAUGUGGAUGCCGAUGGCAACACUGUGGUGGUUCACUACACCGCCGGAAAGAACGGAUUUGUGCCCGUAGGCACCAUCAUUCCCAAGGAGAUUACCGAGCUGGCCAGGGCUGCCGCCGAUCUUCCCAAGGUUUCCGUGGAGGAAGAGCUAAGGAACCGCAAGGCCCGCUCCCAGGAGCUGGAGAAGAAGUCAGCUGUCGUGGAGAAUGAGGCCACUCCCGUGGAGAAGGAGGGCACCGUGGUGGCCAAGGAAUCGGUGGUGGUGGAGAAAUCCGAGCCCCUGCCCGCUGAGUCCCAGGUGGUCCCUGUCCAGGUGGUCCUCGAUGCCGUGCCAGAAACCGAGGUGAAGGUGGCCAUCGAAGACGAGAAGAAGGUCGAAACCAAGACUGCCUAAGCUUUCCUAGACUCUAGACUUACCUAAGUAUUGUUUAAUUUAAUAACGAGUGCGAUCUAAUUUAACUGGCUAGCAAUAAAACGAUUCCCUAUCUGAAA